UCUAUUUCUUUCAUCUUCUAUUUUUUUCUCUCUGUAUCUCAUUUCAUGUGGCUGAAGUAGACGUCAAUUUUUGGACGAAAAAAUGUGAAGCUAGGUUGGGGUGGUCACUGGGUGGCUAGAUAUGGGUUUGCACAGUUAUUGCUUUUGUGAGGUGAAUGGCCAAUCACAGUUAUUGCUUAUGUGUAAGGUUUGCAUAAUACUGAGUUUGAAUGUGUAAAUUCAUUAGGAGAUAUUAGUUAUAGAUCUACACCAGAAACAAAAAUAUACCUGCAUAAAUUAAUCCUUUGAAGUAAGAAACAUUUUUGAUAUUGGGUUUAAGGUGCUUCAGAAUCAUUGUCGUUAGAUAUGGUGUUUUAUUUUUGAUUGAUGCUGUUUUUUUCUUCUUUGUGAUUUUAUCUUUUCCAAGAAAUCUUGAUGAUGAUGAGUUGGAUAGUCAUUUGGAGCAUAUUCAAAAUCUAUGUUACAGAAAAAUGAAGAAAACAUUCAGGCAAAAGGAAUAAACUUCUGUUCUACAAGUGCAAAAUGCUGCAAACCCAAAGCUAAAUUGACGUCCUACAGAGAUGCUUAGAUGGUCGUAUAUGUCUUAUGCAACUAAAGUAAUGCUUUUACAUUUCCCUGUCCCGUUCCUCUUUUAUAGGGAAUCAAAGGUCAAAACACAAAAGCAAUACUACGCAUGAAAAAAUAAUCACUUGCAAGACCUAUAGAUCAUAAAUCACAUGAUAUAUUCUCCUAUGUCGAGCCUCACUUGCAGUCAUGGUUCAGAAGAUAUGGAGGGAAUUUUCUUAUGUGGUUUAGUCCUCAAACAUGCUCGGUGAUUUGGAGCCAGAGCUGAUGAAAGAGAUAUUGAACAAUAAAGACAGAACUUAUUCAAAAAUUACUCCAGAUUAUAUAAAUAAGUUAGCAGGAGAUGGCCUUGAUUCAUCCAUUGGACGAAAAUGGUCUAAGAUGAGGAAAAACCACGCUUUCCAUGCAGAGAGCUUGAAAAAUAUGAUACCAGCGAUGAUCGUUAGUACAGAAAUGAUGCUUGAGAGAUGGAAAAAUUAUGAUCAACGUCGACUACAAAUCUACGAGAAACGAAUCAUUUUAUGGUACUUCUGGCAUGAUGAGACCUUAGAAUGCUCUUCUUUUCAUUGUAUUUGUAAUACGAGUAUAUUUCUUUCAUAUCCGUGUUCAUAUUUUCUUCAAAUAUCAGUGCAUCUGUACUAUGAACUUCAAAUAGGAGAAAUAGGAGCUCUGUUAUGUUAUCCUUUCUCCGCGGUUUAUAGGUUCCCGUCAUUUAUUUUCCUUCUUCAUUGCAUCUCUAAUGUGAAAUCAUCUGUAAGUGUAGCUUUUUUAUAAAAUUUUAUUACAGAUACUCCCUUUUUUUGG